UGAUACUGAAUACUGUUUGUAGUUUCAGCUUGUUUGCCCGCAAAUUAUUUUGAUUAAUUUGCGUAUUAACGUCCAGAACGAACCCAACAAUGACCGCAAUCGAUAAAAUACAAGUACUGGAUUCCAUCGAAAAAGAACUGAUCCUAUGCUUGCAGAGUGCAGGUCAAGCGCUGCUCGAGCUCAGUAAGGAAAAAACCAGCCAAAAGGCGACGGAAACCCACACGAAUCAGUUUCUUAAAUCCCUUAACAUCGUAGAAUCGAAGCUCUCGGAGCAAAUCAACUAUUUGACGCAAGUUUCCACCGGCCAACCUCAUGAAGGUUCCGGUUAUGCUGCGGCAAAGGUUCUUCAGAUGGCGUGGCACCGCAUCCAGCACGUCAAGGAUCGUAUCAAAGAGUUGGAGGAAUGUAAAAUAAAAUACGCUCAGGCUGCCAAUCGGCUCCAAACGCAACGGGUAGGACCGAAUGCUCCUUCCAGUACAGCCGGAGUGAUGAUGUGAACAAAUCGAAUGAAGUUAUGUAAAAUAAGAAACAUAUUUUCAACAAA